AUGAAGGAAGAACAAAAGAAUCCCGCAUACGUCAAGGAACAACACCCCUUUGGUCGCAUGCCUGUCAUCCAAGAUGCAGAUUUUCAACUCUUUGAAUCCCGAGCCAUUUGCCGCUACCUCGUCACCGAGUUUGGCGGUCCCUUUAGCUCUCUUGAUGCCGUCAUGAGCGGUGAUCCAGUCAAGAUUGGGAACUUUGAGAAGGCUCUCAGUAUUGACUACUCCUACUUUGACCCAUCCGUUAGGACGUUGUGCAACGAGAAGAUGUGGAAGAAGUAA